GCUCAGGAGUCUGAUCCCUACGCCCAGAUUCCACUAAAAAAACACAUCUCCGCCCACAUCACAUGGAACCCUAAAUCGAUCGAGUUCCUCCCAUCCAGCAAUGGCCCCGGCGGCGACCACAAAAAAGAAGAAAAAAACAAUGGCCUCGGCGGCGACCACAAAAAAGAAGGCAAAAGCAAUGGCACCGGCGGCGACCACAAGAAAGAAGACAAAAGCAAUGGCCCCGGCGGCACAGGAGGAUUGGUUCAUCAUGUACGGCAUCCCCAAGGUGUCUGAUGAGAUGAGCAAGGAAUUACCCAACGCGUCCUUCACCUUCAACGAGGUUCCGCUCCUUUCCCACCUAACCGUCCCGAGUAACGUCGCUACCCCCGCCGGAAGCGUCGACUACCCGUACAUCGCAGCCACCGACGACUGCGGCCUCCUGCUGCUCUGCGGCUACACCGCUGUCGGGCUCACCUACUACGUCUGCGACCCGUAUUUCCGCAGGACGCUCGGCGUCCUCCCUCCCGACGGCGGCUUCAGCUCCCGCCACUCCGUCGGCCUCAUCCGCAACCGCCUUGGCAGUGGGAUCAUGGUGGCCAAGCUCAACACGGGGCUCUUCAAUACGCAGGCCCGCCGCAUCACACUCUCCUGCACCAGGGACCUGUGCGAGUGGGACAACAAGGAGGCCGAUUGCGGCCACAUCUGCAAGGAGACGAAACCUUGGUGCUGCGAUGGCGUCCUCUCCCACAAGGGAUUCCUGUGGUGGUUCGACCUCUCUUCUUGUAUACUUGCCUGCGACCCCUUCCUGGAUACACCGCCGUUUUACCAAAUCAUGUUCCCGCAUGUCCCUGACCCGCUGCGCGCAGCAUGGUUCCCAGUUCAAGGCGACAAAUACCGCUGCUUAAAGGUCAGCAAAGGCCGUCUACGGUACGUGCAGAUCCAUGGCGAACCCCCCCUGGUCAGCAUGUGGACGCUGUCCUCCAACAAUCCGUCGGACGCGGCCUGGGAGCUUAAGCUCAAGGUGCACUUGCCUGAUAUCUGGAGCCACCGGACCUACAAGUCUAGUAUGCUUCCGGAGGUCGUCCCCACGGUUGCGCUCGUCCACCCAAUGAACGCCAACAGGGCUUACUUCUUCCUGGGCCACCACAUCUUCUGCGUCAAUCUGAAGAAAAAGAAACUGAGGCAGUGUCUCGAGUUGAACAACCAGGAGCUGCCGGCACUCUCCUCCCUCGUCGUCCAUUCCUGGAAUUUGCCGGCAGGGACCACGAAAAUCCAUCUCUCUGGGUCUGACAAGUCUCAUGUCCCUGGGGUUCAUUUCCUGGGUCACUAUGACUCGGUGGAUGGUUUUCUUGAGAAAGCAUUAGCUGUCAUGAGCAGGUCGUGUCCCGAAUUGUUUGGCAUGGGUAUGUAGAUCUAGGCUCCAAUUGUUUCAUUCCAAUGUUUUGGGUCUGGAUGAACUUGAAGAAGACGAAGAUCAAUCUGUGACCAUGGACGAAUCUGAUGAGGGAGAUGACUCUGAGAUGGAGUAACUUGAAGAGGACGGAAAUGACUGUGAGAUGACUGAGGAACCUGAAGAGGACUGAGAUGAUGGAGGUGAUUUAGAUCCAAGUGUGUUAGCUGUUGUUACGCAGGGCUGCUUCACUUCAACUUCUGUUUGCUCAUACUCUUUAGAGCUGUAGUCAUUAUAUAUUUCAGAAGGCACAGAACAAGGAUGUUUUAGUGAAGGUGCUUUUUUAUAUGAAAUAUCUUUAGAGUUGUAGCCAUUGUGCAUUUCAAAAAUCAGAACAAGAAAGAAUCUCAUGUGAGGGAGAGAGAGAGAGAGAGGUGUGAGGGUGAGUACACAUGGAUGUAGGGUAUAUUUUCCAUAUUUUUUAUGUGACACUCUUGACUUUUUGUAAUUUCGCCAGUUAGAAAAGAUGUUGGUAGACA